AUGCACGAUUCUACAACUACUUCAGUCUCUUCUUUUACAACAUUAAAUAAUGAUAAUAAAGAUCAAUUCUCGAAUAAAUCCCCGUCUCAGAUUGACGAAAACUCAUUAACAAUUCGUUCACUCGUAUCUACAAAAGAAGCAGGUGUCAUUAUUGGCAAAGGUGGUAAAAAUGUAGCUGAAUUACGAAAUAUAACAGGAGUCAAAGCAGGUGUUUCAAAGGUGGUUCAAGGUGUUUACGAUCGUGUUUUAACUGUAACAGGUACAUUAGAAGGUGUAGCAAAGGCAUAUACUCUAAUUUCUAAAACAUUAUCGGAUAAUGAUCCUACUUCACCCAUCAUCAUUCGUUUAUUAAUUUCUCAUAAUCUCAUGGGAACUGUCAUUGGUCGCCAAGGAGCCAAGAUUAAACACAUUCAAGAUAUAUCAGGUGUACGCAUGGUAGCUUCAAAGGCACUAUUACCACAAAGUACCGAACGUGUGGUUGAAGUGAAAGGAACAGCAGACGCUAUUCAUAAAGCCAUUCUCGAGAUUGGACGUUGUCUGAUUGAAGAUAAAGAGAGAGCUUAUGGUACAAUUCUAUAUAACCCUACAAAAGUGAUUAUAAAUGAAAAUAGACCUAUUAUACGCACCGGAAAUGGCUCUGACUUUAGUAAUAGUGAUAUUCGCAUUCAAAAUAUUUCAAUUCCAAGCGACAUGGUGGGUUGUAUUAUUGGAAAAGGUGGUUCAAAGAUAUCUGAAAUUCGUCAAUUAUCAGGUUCUCGUAUAUCAAUUGCAAAGGUACCUCAUGAUGAUUCAGGAGAAAGAAUGUUUACUAUUCAAGGCACACCUGAAGCAAAUGAAAGAGCUCUUUAUUUACUUUAUGGUCAACUUGAAAAUGAAAAAGAACGUCGUCUUAGAAGUGUCAUGAAUGAUAAUACACCAUAA